UGUGAAUUACAAAUAAAACCUAACAUCAAUACAAUGACAUGUUCUUUGUUCUGUAGCAAAACCAUAAAUUUUGACUUAGAAAAUAGCAUUGGUCCUAUGUUAGGUUUCCCAAAAGGAAAGUUAAAAGCAAAUAAAUGGCAUGAAUCACCAGCUCCAGUAAACAUUCUAACGGUGCCCGUCAUAAGGAUCGAAUGUAAUCUUGUGCAGGGAUCUUACACUAAUGGUUCUCCAACGCAUAUUAUUUACGAAUUUGUGCCAAACGUUCCACCUAGUCAUCGAUUUAUAGAAACUCCCUUCAACGUUAUAUAUUAUCCUGUAAAACAAAAAAUAAUUUCAUCAAUAACCAUAAAAAUUUUGGAUUUAGAAGGCAACCAAAUAAAUUUCAGAGGUGAAACUAUUGCUUUGGGCCUACAUUUGAAAAAAAUAAAAUGAUUGUGUUCACAUCAAGUAAUUGUUAUAAAGAACAUAGUCCGAAAGUUAAGAAAGUUAUUAUAAAGAAAAGCGUAAAACAAGCAAGACGUGUCAGAGUACAUAAAAAAAUCAAUAAAAGUAACAAAAAAUUUCUUGAAGCACUUGGAUUUAAAAUAUGAGUCUCCUUCAAAUUAAUAAUUUGCCUGAAUUUGAUAACUCUAUCGAGAGUUAUGAAAUCCAUACAUAUAAUCCAUACAAUAAUAGUUUCAAUGAAAAUGAUGAAAUCCGGAUACCCAUUCACCAGCAAGAUAUUUAUGUGCUACCAUCAGCUAGUUCCAUUUACAUUGAAGGAAAUGUUUCAGUAACUCAUAAAGACCAGGCAGGUAAAGUUGAAAAAAAGAGCGUUGAUUUCAGUAAUAAUGCUUUCGCAUUUCUUUUCCAAGACAUCCGAUAUGAAAUAAAUGGUGUCGAAAUUGAUCGUGUUAGAAAUGCUGGAAUAACUACAACAAUAAAAUCUUACAUUUCAAUGAAUAGCGGAGAGAGCAAAGCAGCUGCUGUAUGGGGCUGGGGUAUAGAAGGAUUUAAAAAUCAAACUGGAAGCUUUAACGCUUUGAUACCCCUGAAUAAGAUUUUAGGUUUUGCUGAAGAUUAUGAUAAAAUAAUAAUUAACUGUAAACAUGAACUUAUACUUAAUCGAGGCAGUACCAAUUUAAAUAGCAUUAUCAUGAGUAACGAUGAUAUAGUAGAUAUCAACAUUCAGAGAAUUCAAUGGCGAGUACCUCAUAUUAAAGUCUCAGACCAGCAAAGAUUGAUGCUCCUGAGGAAAUUAGAGAAAGAUAAUCCUAUACAAAUAGCGUUUAGAAAUUGGGAUUUAUAUGAAUAUCCAUUACUACCAAAAACUACAAAACAUUCAUGGGCGGUUAAGACAGCUUCUCAAUUAGAAAAACCCAGAUAUGUUAUAUUUGGUUUGCAGACUAAUAGAAAAAACAUUAAAAUAAAAGACAGUACAAUAUUCGAUCAUUGUACACUGACCAAUGUUACACUAUUCUUGAAUUCACACUAUUAUCCCUACGAUGCGCUAAAUCUCAAGUUUAGUGAUAAUAAAUACAGUAUAUUAUACGAUAUGUACUCAAAGUUUCGUCAGUCGUUUUAUAACCUUCCUAUCGAUCCGUUGCUUGAUUUGCAUACAUUUAAGGAAAAGGCCCCAUUAUUUGUCAUAGACUGUUCCAGGCAAAAUGAAAAUUUAAAAACUGGUCCAGUUGAUGUUCGUCUAGAAAUUGAAACCUCUCAGGAUAUUCCCAGCAAUACCAGCGCUUACUGUUUAAUUAUAAAUGAUCGUCUUGUAGAGUAUAGACCGCUGAGUAACAUAGUACGAAAACUAUCAUGAAAAUCAUUGUGGAUGUUCAAGGUUUUAAAAAUGAUGAUAAUUACUUUCUACCUAAAGAGAUUGCUUUAGUGUACAGUGAUCGGAUUCAAGUUUUUUUAAUCAAACCACCAUAUCCCUAUGAAUGGUUAACAGAUACAGAAAAGAAACAGGUUAAUUGGCUUGAAAGGAAUAGAAAAAUAUUAUGGCAUCAGGGAUCCAUACCUUAUGAAAACUAUAAAUCUCAUCUAAUACCAAUUCUAAAAAAUCAUGAUAUAUAUUGCAAAGGCGUUGAAAAGCAGUUAUGGCUAAAACAUAUAAUAAAUAAUCCUAACAUACAUAAUUUAGAAGAGAAUGGAUGCCCUAGUUUGUUAACAUUGUAUAAAUUGUAUGAUUCACAUUCCGAUGUAUAUAGCUGUAUUUAUCAUCCAACUAUCUGUGCCCUGAAAAAUGUAACUUGUUUAAAAAGAUGGUGUAUAAACAAUAAAGUGUUUUGAUUCAUAAAGAUGCUUGUUUUAUUUAUAAGAACUAUCCAUACCUCACCAGCAUCAUAAUUUAGUCAAUAAAUAAUAAAUUAAGUAUAAAUGAUUUUAAAAUUUAAAUGAUCUAGCAGACCUUAAAGCUUUCACUCGAGUUAUUAGAAUAAGUAAGUUUUUCAUCGACCAUGAAAUGGCGAAAUUUAUUAAACUGAAUUAAAGUCAUUAGCUGGAUGGUUAUGGCUUCUACAUCAGCCGAUAAAAAACAUUGGGGGUUUUGCAUCAAUCGAGCGAAGCGAGAAGUGAUGCAGAACCCCCAAUUCUAC